GAAAAGCUGGCUGGACGCGCGGCGCGGCGGGAGGGGCUGCGAGUGGGUCUGGUUUGGCUUCCGUUUCCCCUUUUUCCCGUUCUCCUUCCGCAAACCGGAAGGUUCAGGGACAGGAGAACUGGGGGAGCCACCUGCUCUGCUCCAAAACGUUUAUGGCCUCGAGGGCACCCCUUCAUUCCAGGGCCCCACCCAUUAAAGCAUUUGCAGGCUAGAUCCUCCAGUCCGUGAAGCCUCCUAAGGUUGGCUGGAAGCCACAGCCUCGCCUCCUGAUGCAAUCUGAAUUCAGGCUGUGCGAAGAGGAAACCCCUUCCCUUUUGUGGGGUUUGGAUCCUGUAUUUCUGGCCUUUGCGAAACUCUACAUCGGGGAUAUCCUGGACCUGAAGGAAUCCUCCCAGGUGCCAGGUGUAUAUUUUUACAACGGGCAUCCGAUAAGACAGGUAGAUAUCUUGGGAACUGUUGUUGCAAUAAGAGAAAGAGAUGCUUUCUACAGUUAUGGAGUGGAUGAUAGCACUGGAGUUAUAAACUGCAUCUGCUGGAAAAAACUGGACGAUACUGAGUCUUCAUCAGCUGUGCCAAGUGCUAGAGAACUGAGCUUAACCUCACAGCUCAAGAAGCUGCAAGAGACCAUUGAGCAGAGAAAGAAGAUAGAAAUUGGGGACAUUAUCCGGAUCAGAGGUUAUGUCCGCACGUACAGAGAAGAGCGAGAAAUUCGUGCCACUAUUUAUUAUAAAGUGGAUGAUCCAGUGUGCAACAUUCAAAUUGCAAGGAUGCAGGAGCUGCCCAUGCUCUACAGGAGAAUCUAUGACCAGCCUUUCUGCAGCCCAGCCCUCGAGAAGGAAAAGGCACUAAGCAACCCAAGUACUCUGGACCUUGACAGUCUUACGAGUUUGCUGAGUGAAAAAGCCAAAGAAUUCCUCUUGGAAAAGAGAGUGCACGCCUUUUACCAGCAGGAGUUGGAAAUGGAGGAGGCGCUGCUCUCCCUUGCCAAUCAACCUGUGAUUCACAGUGCCUGUUCCAACCAAGUGGAUUUUAAGAAUGAUACCACAUCCAAAGCCAUUCAUCGUAUAUUUAAGAAUGCUAUAAAGCUGCUGCAGGAAAAAGGACUCAUUUUCCAGAAAGAUGGUAGUUUUGAAAACCUGUACUAUGUAACCAGAGAAGACAAAGAACUGCACAGAAAGAUCCACUGUAUCAUUCAAGAAGAGUGCCAGAAACCAAACCACAUGGAGAAGGGCUGCCACUUCCUGCACAUCUUGGCCUGUGCCCGCCUGAACCUAAGCCCCAGCCUGAGUGAAGCCGUGCUGCGGCAGGUGCUGGAGCUCCUGGAGGACCAGAGUGACAUUGUCAGCACAGCAGAACACUGCUACAUGGUGUUCUGAGGAGAGGCCAGGCCAGGGCGCAGAAAGGUAUGAGUGGUAUUGAGCAUUUGUUCAGCAUACUCUCUGAAGCAACUUUGAGGCUCUGCCCUGGACGUGAGUCAUUGCCCACAGCAGAGGUUGGGGCCACCUUUGUCCUGUGUUCCCAGAAGUGGGAUCAGCUGCAGGUUCAGCCCAGAGGUCGGCUGCUGGGAGCACACAGCUGGAAUAAACGUCCUGAAGAACUCAAACCUCAAGUUUCCCAUUUUGCUACUGCAAGUGCUUCACUACACACCUGCCCAAAUAUAUAUACUAGUAUGUGAAGGCAGCAACCUUUUUAAAGCCAACCACCGUAUUACCGACUCAGACCUCUCAUAGACCAGACACCAUUCAGCUCUGGUCAGUGACUGGACCCAGUAGUCAGGUUAAUGUGAAAAACUAAGGUUGUUUCUAAGGAAGUGCUAAUUAAGCAGAGCAGUUUGUUUUAGUAUUAAAAACAAUCUUUUACCAUUUUUCCACUUCCACUUUAAUCAAGAUAGCUCACUACAUAAUGAAGUGGCGCUUGCAUUUUCACCACUGACUAGAAUUGGUACAGUUCAUUGGUGCCCUGAGCAAUACAUUUAAUAGUCUUCUAGGCUAGAAAUUGCUUCUUUGGGGAGAAGAGUUUUUUGUUGUUCUGAGAACAAUUCAUGAAUAAAGGGAAAAAAGUAGGAGUGAGGGCAGUCAUCUUGCACAUUUUUUUACUCUGCCUUUGAGCAAACCCAUGGUGGUGUUCCAGAAGCUGUGCAGUGAGGCAUAAUGGACUGAUGGCAAUUUCUUAAUUUUGUGAGCAAUUGACUUAUUCCCAUAUAAAUAGAUGAUAAUUUAGGUAAUACAUUGAACUAUUACUGUGGGUUUUGUUUUUCCUUUAUCUUCUUUCUCCUUUCCAAGCUAGAAGCCAGCCUUGUCUCUGAGAGGUUUGAUCUGGGGGCUGAAUGUAGUUGUUUCUGUACAGACAACCUGGCUUGGAUUUUUGGAAACCUAGAGCCUGGGAAGGAUUAGAGAUUAGUAGACUCGACACUGCAGACUGUAAUGUGCGGCGCUGUGGCAGCUGGCAGAGAGAGGGCAGGGCUUCUGUGGAGAGGUUUUACCAUGUCCCCUGGAGCCUUAGAGCUCCGCAUAGGAAGCUGAGACUCGAAACUUAGAAAGGAAGCUGCUGUAGGCCUCCUUCUCUGAGAGGACACUCUGGGGGUGUCAGCAGCAGAUUUGGUCCACAUUUCCCAGGCACCUUGUGACCCCCGAGAUUUUUAUGCAUCCCUCGAGAAUGGGGUAGCCUUCCCAACCCACUACCACCAACAUUAUUUUCCUGCCAGCCCAGAGCAUGAAGUUUCCAAGCCCAAGAUAACUUGGGACAACAAAAAUAUGAGAAGUCUUGCCCACAUCAGCUUUGGAAGUAAGGCUCAUAGUGCAAUACAAUUAGAAUAAAUUCAAGGUGAAUCUCAGGGUCACUUUCACCCACUUGCAUUCCAGAAUGGUCUCUUGAGUGGGAGGAAAAGGGGAGUCAUCCCAGGAAGAUUGCUUCUGAACCAGGGGAGCCAGCUGCCUCCGAAAACCACCUGUCGUGUGUCACUGCUCUGAGAACGAGGGAAGGAAUGGUGACAAGAGUGUGUUAUGUUUCCUCAUGAGCUGAAAAACAUCACGUGUUCUGCAACCAUCGUGCAUGCUGACCAGCCAGAAGUGGCCUCUGAACACAGGCAAGUGUGCAAACACUGUCUAGCUGAGGCAAGGGAGAGGGCCCAAGCCACCUGAGCGAGGCGUCUGCUCUCAACAUGAAGAAGCUUGAAAAGGCCUUACUCAUUCCAGCACCAGCCCAGCCCAGCCCAGCGCCUCGGGAGGAGUCAGCAAGCUGCCUGGCCUGUGAUUUCUGUCCAGUCCCGGCUUGCCUUGACCUGGUGGAGGGCAAGAAAUGGGAAUGCAGCUCCUGGAAAUGACAGCUGGCUUGGGAAUGCUGGCGUCAGCACUCUCGCGGGCUGAGCCGUCAGCACAGGCAGACACUGGGUUAGGGCGAGCCUGAGGACAGGGAGUGAUUCGCUAUUUCUGUCCAUCUGUUGUAGGCCCAGGUAACCAGGAAAAAUGGGAGGUCAGCAGGUUCUGAACCCUCAGACAGCUGUGUUCUGGUUAUGUUGCCACAGGUCUGCAGACUUAACUGAAUCCUCCCAGGUUUCCUCAGAGGUUGCUUAUAUCACAGUUCACCUGGAAGUCUGCGACAGAUCCAGCAGAAGGCACAUGGUGCUUAAUAAUGGCUCAGUGGGAGAACAGUGUACUUAUUGAUGCCCACUGUGUGCAAGGUGUCUCACCAUGUGGACAGGGUCACAGGAUAAAGGACCCCUAUCUUAAGGGGAUUUUCAGUCCAGUGGAUCGUAAAUCACAUGCAUGCCUAUGUGAUUUAUAACCCAUGCAGGGGGGUUUUGCCUGACACCCUCAGAGUUAAAAACUUUAUACCAACAUAAAUAAGAUUUGCUGCCAUCUAUGUAACAAAAAAGUGUGUGUGUGAAGCCUACAGAAGAAAGUGAUAAGAGGGAUAACCUCCUCAAGUAGGGAAUUGGGGGCCAGGAGUGGGUGAGAGAUUUAUUACAAUGUUUUAUAAUUUUUAUGUGUAAAAUGUAAUAAAUCUAAAAAUAAACAAACGGAUGGGGAAUUCACAUAAAAAUCCAGAUUUCUGACUUUUUUUGGUCAACUCAAGUCUGACAGUACUGGGACCAUUCAGUCUGUAAGAGUGGGGCGGGGAGCAGAGGAGUGGC